AUGUCCCAAAAGAGCAACUCAGACGCCGCUGCAGAGAACUCUGAGAACAAAAGCCUGCUCAGCUGCUUGGAUGAGACUUCUGGUGCCCUGGUGAAUACAGAGACAGUUUCUGAUACCAAAACCAAGGGUCCAGAAAUUAGUCCGACAACAAGCAGCAAUGUUGCUAGCACCGGAGAUAGCAGUGUUUCUGGAGGUACUAACCCUGAAAAUUCUGGAAACAGUUUCCCGGGUUACAAUGGUGACAAAGAUGAUGACGAUCACGAUGAUGACGAUGACGAUGACUCCAAUUGUUCUGACUUGGAGGACUCUGACAAUUUUAUCAGCCGUGUAGAAAGCUUGCGCAGCCACCAUGAGAUGGAGGCCGGUGAGGUGGUGGAAGAGCAGGGCGUGGGAAGCCAGUUCCACCAACCUGAGUUGGAGGCCGGUGAGGUGGUGGAAGAGCAGGGCGUGGGAAGCCAGUUCCACCAACCUGAGUUGGAGGCCGUUGAGGUGGUGGAAGAGCAGGGUGUGGGAAGCCAGUUCCACCAACCUGAGUUGGAGGCCGGUGAGGUUCUGGGUGAGAUGGAUGAAAAGUCUGAAGUAUAUGAACAGCCCACUGAGGACAGCAGUGAGCAAUGUGGUAUUGAAGAUGAUAGUUUACUAGAUCAAUGGAUGGCCUUAGAGACAUCUCCUCUCCCGAGACCUCGAUGGAAAGUCCUCAAUGCCCUUCGCGAUAGACAGCUUGGUUCAAGUGCCCGCUUUGUGUAUGAGGCCUGUGGAGCAAGAGUAUUUGUGCAGCGUUUCUCACUGCAAUAUGUUUACCAAGGCCAUACUGGAUGUGUCAACACUGUGCAUUUUAACCAACAUGGCACCCUGCUGGCUAGUGGCGGUGAUGACCUAAAGGUGUUCCUGUGGGAUUGGCUUCAUGAGCGACCAGUACUGAGCUUUGGUAGUGGCCACAAAAGUAAUAUCUUACACGCCAAAUUCCUUCCUAAUUGUAAUGAUGCUGUCUUGGCCAUGUGUGGCCGUGAUGGGCAGGUACGCACUGCACAGUUGUCUGCUCUGCCAGGCACCCGAAUGACUAAACGUUUGGUGAAGCAUGCGUCAGCAUCUCAUAAAUUGGCUUUGGAGCCAGACUCCCCUUUCAGAUUCUUAACUUCAGGUGAAGAUGCAGUUGUUUUCAAUAUUGACCUCAGACAAGCCCACCCAGCUUCAAAAGUGGUGGUAACCAAAGAAAAUGAUAAGAAAGUGGGACUCUAUACGGUUUUUGUGAAUCCUUCCAAUUUCUACCAGUUUGCUGUAGGUGGCCAAGAUCAGUUUGUGAGAAUUUAUGACCAAAGGAAAAUUGAUGAGAAUGUCAACAAUGGAGUUCUCAAAAAAUUCUGCCCUCAUCACCUUCAAAGCUGUAAUUAUCCAGCAUAUAUCACUUCGGUGAUGUACAGUUAUGAUGGCACAGAGCUCCUGGCUAGCUACAAUGAUGAAGAUAUUUACAUCUUCAACUCUUCUGAUAGUGAUGGAGCUGAAUAUGUUAAGAGAUAUAAAGGACACAGAAAUAAUGCCACAGUGAAAGGGGUAAAUUUCUAUGGCCCCAGAAGUGAAUUUGUGAUGAGUGGUAGCGAUUGUGGGCACAUCUUCAUCUGGGAAAAAUCAUCCUGCCAGAUAGUUCAGUUCUUGGAGGCAGAUGAAGGAGGAACAAUAUUCUGUAUUGAUCCUCAUCCUUACCUACCUGUGCUGGCAUCCAGUGGCCUAGACCACGAGGUCAAGAUUUGGGCACCCAUAGCUAAAUCUUCCACAAAGCUUAUUGGGUUAAAGAAUGUACUUAAAAUUAAUAAGCAGAAACGAGAUAGUUUUAGCUUCCACCACACUUACCUUUUUGACAGCCACGUGCUUUGGUUCCUCAUGAGUCGAGUGACACAGACAAAUUGGAGAGGUGCUAGAAUUGAAAUUGGAGGAGUAGAUUUCAGUGACUCUUCCUCUGAGGAGGAAGAAAACCAAGAAAAUUCCUAA